AUGACGAACCCGAUGAUGAACCACCCGACGAAUCCGCCAGAGUCGACGGCGGUUCGCGAGGGUAGAUCCCUCUUCGGACCUGGUUGGAAGGCUGUAGAUAACUUUGAUGACUUGUCUGAUAUUGACGAAUACGAAUCUGAUGAGGAGGAACUCUAUGUCACACUUGAUUUAGGAGCCGCGGUAGACACCAGGACGCUGCUCACGGAGACGGACUACCAGUUGAUUGGCCUCGACACACCUGUGCCGUUCUUCAAGCUACAUAAUCAAAUCUUUCGAGGGGACGUGGCGACAUUGCUGGGAGAUGAAGUGAUAUUGGGUUUGAGACGAAAUCACGAGAAUCCCCACAACCCAUCACAUCCUCCUCUCUAUACGACCAAUCGCCGGAUCAUUCUCCAUCCUGUCGCUCUUCAAUCCCUCACACAAGAGGAUGAGCCGAAACUCAUAUCAGGACAUGCAGCUCGUAGACGCGUACUAGGGCAGCCGAGUAUGCAAGGACGAACCAGAUGGAAAGGAACACGGGGGAGAGGCGUGCGGAGGGAGUCGAGGGAUACACCUGUGACUGUGGAUGAUAGUGAAGGAGGAGGAGAAGAUCACCCAAACGUCCCGCUGGACCCCUCUUUGCGCGAAACAGACCCGAUGAGCAUGGAGUAUACUUCAGCCGGUCCGUCAAAGAGGAACCCGAAAAGGAUCGGAGUGGAGAAGGUCAUCAACGAUGUGGAUGAGUUUAACGCGUUGGACAUCAAUGAGCUACCUCCGAAAGCAAAGAUAUUCUUAUCUCCUGGGGUUGAUCUCAGCCAGAUUGGUAACGGCUUGAACGAAGAUCAACGAAUUCUGACCAGGUUCGAGGUGGAAAAGAUAAAGGCGGGAGUACCGCUUACUGGUAGAGGAAGCAGGUCGCUGAGGAAGAAGAAAGAUGACGAGGACAGCGCGGGGUUAGCGAAUGAGGGCGAGGGUCAGGAAGAGGAGGAGGAGGCGGACGAGGGAGGCGACGAGGAAGUGAGCCAAGGCGGCAGCGAUGCAAAGAGACAGCCGAGUGAGGCCCAACAGAGGGAUCAGGAGGUCGAGCCUGCUGAGGGUGCGGACGGGUCGAAGACGAAUCAAGACCCGGCGUGA